UUUUAUAUCGAAAUUCCAAAACAAACCAAGCUGAAACACUUGCGCAUAUUUUCAGAAAAUUCAUGAUUUACUACAUUUAAUGGUUUUAGGAUCGCGAGAAAACAUAACUGUUAUGCUUAAAGAGGAAAAAUAUGGGGACUGAAGCAUUGCUUCCCAAUAAUUUCGGAAAGGAUGGGAUAGAGAAUGGCUUCAGCAACAACGAUCUUCUUCUUCAUUUGAAGCCUGUCUUUGAUACUUGUGAUUAUAAUGGUGAUGGAUAUGUCAAAAUACAAGAUUUGAUAGACUUGGGACAACAACAUACUGUUGAAAAUGGGGAGGAGUUGAAAUUAAUUUUACAACAACUUGACACAAAUGGUAAAGGAAGAAUUUGUUUUGAUGAAUUUUGCAACAAAAUUCGUUCAAUACUUGAAGUUGUGACACCCAAGGAUAACAACAACAAAGAAAUAAAAUAUGAUGACUUAAGCCCUGUCGAGGAAGAGAACAUUCCAUCAAUAUUUCACGAAAAAAGCACACAAGACGAACAAAGAGCAAGAUCUUUUACUGACAGUGAAGGUUUCUAUGAAGAGAUGGAUAGCAUAUCAGCAAGCACCACUUCAACAAAUGAUUGCUAUGGGGAUAUGGAGGAACAUCACAGUACUCCUCUAAAUAAUAACUUAUUGAGAACACCAACCAAUUUUUUUACUCGCAUGAAACAAGACACUAGUAUAUACUCAACAUAUCCACCUAAUGGAAAGCGACCACGCAAAUCACGUAAAUCAUUAUUCGAGAUGCGACAACGUCAGUUAAGUCGCACAAGCGAAUACCAAUCACAGGAGGAAGGGUUUGAAGCAUUUGGAGAAGGUCACGACUACGACUCGUUGUCAUCUGAACCUGUUGCUGCUCUUCCAUUGCAUUUGUCACCUAGUGAUAGUUUUCUUACAAAUCGUAGAUUGUCCGGUACACAAGCAGCUUGUCAACUUCGACAAGUGCAGUCAGCUCGUACAAGUCUUCAUGGGAGCAUGGAAGAAAUUAAACAACUUGUUGCCAAUCAACCAAUGUCUUUAUCGGAUGGUGAAGGUGAUUUCAUGUUUCUGUCUGCGGAGAUUAAGAAACUUAGCUCACAACUAACGAUAAUGAAAAUGGACCAAGAAAAUCAUGACGACAAACAAAAACGAAUCCGAGAAGAAAAUAAAAUGCUAGUCAAUAGAAUCAAUGCACUCGAGGAACAGUUGAUUGAUCAAAAAGCGACUUCAUUACAAGUUGUUGAAGGGGAAAGUCAAAAAUAUCGAAAAGAAUUGCAAAAACUUCAACGUGAAAACGAAAACCACAUCGACAAACUACAAAUGAAGCUGCAUGAAGCAGAAUUGGAAAUACAAAACUUGAAGACGGUCGAGCCGAUGCUGAGAAAAGAGAUUGAAAGCUCUCUGGAGGAAAGAAGAGAAGCUCAACGAAAAGUUGAAGAAUUACAAACUGAAAUAAUUGAGAAAGAAAAAGAAAUUGAACAGUUGAAAUAUAAACUUAAAGCAAGAAAUGAUGAUUUGGAGCGCGAGCGGAAUGACAGGGCGGACGAAGUGAGUUUGCUAACGCAAGAAAUAGAGAACAUGAAGUACAUGAAGAACGCCGCCCUCAAUCAAUUCGACGAACGCAACGAUUUGAUGAAACAGCUGGAAUUACUGAAGCGAGAAAAUGACGUGCUAAAGGCAUCAAAAGAUGAUCUUAAAAAUGAGUUAGUCCAACAAGCGUCCAUGAUGGAUUUACAAAAGGAGCAUACUUUAGCUGACGAGUUAGCGCAUGCGGACAAAAGCGACGUAUUAGAUGCAUUGCGCGCCGAAGAGACAGAAAACCAUCGUCUUAGACAAUAUGUCGACCAGUUGUUGAUAUUAAUUAUGCAGAGUAACCCACUACUGUUGGAAAAAUGAUACUUGGCAUGAUGACGUUACGACGACGAUGUCGGAUAAAAAUGCAUGACACAAACAUCGUGAAGAAAAACUAGCUAGUAAAUAAAGUUAAAUACAAUAAGUUAACGUAACUGAUAUAGUUGGUAAUGAGAGCAACUCGCGGAAAGGUGGCGAAGAACGUGUGAAAAAGUACAUACACUGCAGCUAUGAUCAUCAUGUAGGGUCCGUUGUCGUGGCAGCCAUUGAUUGGUGAAUGCGUUAAGUUUGUUCGCUCGCGCCCGCGCGCGUUUGGUACCGUUGUUUGUUGGCUUACUGCAGCAAAUAUUUUUAUACUGUAACAAAAAUGACGAUAAUGAUCAAAUUAAUAAUUCGAAGAUAAUGAAAUAAAUUGUUUUUUUAAUUAUUUAUGCACAUGAUUUUUAUUUUGACAUUUAAUUCCUUUUUUUAAAAAAAUAGAUUUGUAAAGGUUUUUAAUUUUAUUCUAGUUUUUCAAAUCUGUUUCGACGAUAAUUGUUUAUUGUAAUUAAUUUAUUGUAAAUAUUCAAAAAUGAUUUUUAAAGGCCAGUUUCCAUUAAAUGUUUUUUUCGUGCGCGAGAAAAUGGAAGAAUAAUGUGACCUCGUUUCAGCUCGAGCAAAAGGUGCCUGGGCGUGUUGUGCUGCAUGAAAAUUAGCCAAAUGGAAAUAGGCCUUAAAGAACACAUAAAAUGCUUUUUGUAGCACAAUUUAGCUCGACUUGUUAAGGUCCUGGACAUUUCUUGCUGUGUCGAACCGGAAUUCCAUCAAAUGGAAGCCUUCUUAAGUAGUAGCCAUUAAUCUUUUUGACAGCACUUGAAGUAAUGAUCCGCUUUGUCAAUUUUUGUGAUUUGUAUUCAGCUUUUUUAUGCAUCAGCCAAACAUUUGUUACCACCCCCCCUCCCUCUUUUUUUUCUUAGAUUUUUUAAAACAUUGUGGCACGUAUCACAUGAUUCUUUACUUUGUAUAUUUGUUUGUCUCUGUUUUAAAAGACAAACAAAUUAACAACCUCACCUUGAUAUCUUAGCAUGAAACAAUUUUUGCACCUUGAUUCUUUAAUUUUUGAUCUUCUAGCGAGGCUAACGAAAAACAGAAAGGUUUUUUUAUAAUCUUAACUCUCUUUAUAACUACGAAGCAAACCUCUUACAUUACUGUGAGUUGACAACUGGUUGAAUUAUACAGUUUGUGUUUAGUUUGAGCACUUAAUGUGAAUUAUUUUUUAACACGAUGGAGAUUAUAUAUAUAGGUGUGAACGUCACAUAGUAAUUUAAUACAUCUAGUUGGGUAACA